UUCAGAAGGCCCAGUCGUCUGGUAAAAUCCUGGGGUCCACAGUAAUGAGUCAUCUUAGGAGCUUCAUAUCCUGUCCGAGAGUCUUGCAGUGUGUUUGAGUCUUGUUUGCAAAGUAAGGAAAUUACAGUGCUUUCAUUUAGUUGGUGGAGAACAGGGUUAAAAAAGGCAAGCACAGAAACCUAAAGGUAAAGCUGGGAGGCAGACAGUGUAGACCACCGGGUGCUGCCUAUUCUUCCAGCUCUGAUCUGCUGUUGUAAUGGGUCUAAUCAGGCCUCUGUCUGCCUUCUCCUUGAGCAGGCCAGUGAUCCCAUCUACACAGUCAUCCUACAGCAGCUCCCCACUCCAGGUUGCCCAGUGGGAGUUCCAGACCAGUGUUGUUUCCUGGGACAUUGACACAGUAGCCAAGUUUAUUGGUGCUGGGGCUGCCACAGUUAGUGUGGCUGGCUCAGGGGCUGGCACCAGAACGGCAUUUGGCAGUUUGAUCAUUGGCUAUGCCAGGAACCCAUCUCUGAAGCAGCAGCCCUUCUAUGCCAUUCUGAGCUUUGGUGUGUCUGAGGGCAUGGGGUUCUUCUGUCUGAUAGUCGCUUUCCUCAUCCUCUUCGCCAUGUGAGGGUCCAUGGGGGUCACCUACCUGUCCCUGCUGCUUUGACUUCAGGCCCUGCCUGGUGCUAAAAGUGUGCUAAGCUUUACCAUUAAACAAAACAUUUCUCUUUAAA